AUGCCCACACUCUUAUUGCUUAGGCUAUAUCCUGCCAGCAACCGUCUACUGGCUGACCCGGCUGUAGACGUUAGGUUGUGUCUAAGGCUGGAGGAUGGAUUGAAUAAGAUGGAGAAGGAGGAGGAGGCGGGAGAGGGGCAGAUUGAGUGGGAGAAGGUGAUCCAGCGCAGGGAAGAUGGCUCAGUCAACUUCUUUAGAGGAUGGGACUCUUACCGCGAGGGGUUUGGAAAAAUCACUGGAGAACACUGGCUCGGGUUGAAGCAAAUCCAUGCUCUCUCCAUCCAGGGCAACUAUGAGUUGAGGAUUGACCUGGAGGACUUUGACAACAGUACAGCCYAUGCCCAGUAUGGGAUGUUUGGAGUUGGCCUGUUCUCUGUGGACCCUGACGAUGACGGAUACCCACUGACCGUUGGAGAUUACUCUGGAAAUGCAGGCGAUGCUCUGCUAAAGCACAACGGAAUGAAGUUCACCACCAAAGACAAGGACAACGACCACUCGGAGAACAACUGUGCCUCCUUCUACCACGGUGCCUGGUGGUACCGUAACUGCCACACGUCCAACCUGAACGGACAGUACCUCCGCGGGCAGCACACCUCCUAUGCCGACGGCAUCGAGUGGUCCACCUGGACCGGCUGGCAGUACUCCCUCAAGUUCUCCGAGAUGAAGAUACGGCCCACUCGCGACGAGAGCAAAUGAGAAAAAUGAGGGAAUAAAAGAAGAAAAAGAGAGGAAAGGAAUUUGAAGGAAGAAGGUGCUCAUAAGAAUAAAUAUAAAACCCCACACUCAAAAAGACAGCUAUAGGCUGUAGUUCUUGUUCAGYUAUUGUUUGCUGACUGACUAAAAGGACACCUUUGAUUGAUAUWCUACUAUUGUCUACUUUUUUCUGUGGAACCCUCAUCCCUUUCCCCUGCCCCACCCCACUUGCUGUACCCUCUGCUAAUCCCUCGUCGCUCGCUGCGUACUAGUGUUGUGCUGAGGUUUUUUCGUGCCCCCCCCACCCCCAUUAUCCUUUAUCACUAUCAUUAGGAGAUUUGUUGCCAACGAUUUUUGAGUGUUUCCUUCCUGACAACGACCACACCGCAACACGAAAUGAAUCUGACUCACUCUUACUUCGCAGGAGUUUGGUGUCAUCUUAAUUGGGGWGAACAGGCUUGUGGUAAYRACUGGAACGGWKUCAGUGGAAUGGUCUCAAAAACCACGUGUUUGAUGCCAUUCCAUUUGCGCCAUUCCAGCCAUYAUUAUGAGCCGUUCUCCCCUCAUCAGCCUCCWCUGUCUUACUUACAUCUCUCUUUCUCGCUCCAUCUCCGUGCGUUAUUUAUAUCUGGUCAUCAAUCAAUUAUCUGUCUUUUCUAUCUGAGCCUUGACCUUGACCUCUCUCCUGUGAUAGUUGCGCCCUGUAGCCAGUAGUACUAUUCCCACAGUCCUUCACUGCGUUGUUUCCAGUCAGCGAAGUGUGGCGUUACCGUGUGACCUUUGAACAAGUGGCUGAGUCAGAACAGGAGAUGUGACAUUACAGUUAGAACACACACGCACGCGCGCACGCACGCACGCACACACAUACAUACAAAAACCUCUGUCCCCUGAAGCUACAGUAUUACCAUGACACAGCAAAACUCAGUCUGUCACCCAAAGGGACCUGGCUGUAUUGGCCUUCCWGUCAGGAGACAUGCUAAAAUGGCACAACCCACAGUAUCUCACCACCCACGGUACUGCUUAAGCAUCCCUUUAUUAAAGAUAUACUCUGUGGGAUAACAAGACAAUGGAAUGGGAAUGGUGUAGAGGGAACGGUUGAAAGGAGAGAGAGCUAGACGUAUCAAACAGAGGGGUGAGAAGGGAAUUACUAAAUGAAAAGGGGAAUAAGAUAGACAGUGUGUGAAAAAAGAAGGAGGAGAUCAAAURGAGGGCUGAGGGAGCAAUCGACAGAGAGAGAGGGGGCGAUGGAUGGAGAUCAAAUGGAGGGGCGAGGGAGAAGGGUAAAUGAGAGGGAGCAGAUAUCAUUAAUCUGACUGAGGCUAUUAGGGAGCAUAUUGGGCACUUUGUCUGAUCAGCCUGCCAGCUGAUCACCAGCCAAGUUACCGCUACGACAGAGCCCCAGACGUUAACUCCUCAGUGUGUGUGUGGACGUGUUUAACUAUUCUUGUGGGGACCAGAAGUCCCCACAAGAAUAGUAAACGGAACAUAUUUGACCAACUGGGGACAUUUGGUUAGUCUCUACGAGGUCAAGUGCUAUUUAUACGGGGUUUAGGGUUAAGGUUGGAAUUAGUGUUAGGGUUAGAAUUACGUUAAGGGUUAGGAGCUAGGGUUAGU